CUCGGCCGCCGGAAGCGGAAGUCAAGUGGCGGCCGGGCCCUGGUGGAGCAGCCCGGGUAGCCUAGGGAGCGGAGGGGCGCGGGCCGAGGUGGGCGUCCGCGCGUCUGCGGCGAGCCGAGCGGCCGGCGGGGCGCCCCGGGUUCGUGCUGGCCCAGGUCCGGCCGCGAGCGGCCCGCAGUUGGCCUGGCGUCCGAUCGAAACAACCUGAAUAUUAAACAGUCCAGCUGCCCCAAAUCCCUGGAAAUUUCAGAAUGACUGACGCUUCUGAAGCUGUUCCAAAUUUUGAAGAGAUGUUUGCCAAUAGAUUCACAGAGGACGACAAAGACUACCAGGAAUACCUGAAACGCCCUCCUGAGGCCCCUCCGAUUGUCGAGGAGUGGAACAGCAGAGCUGGUGGGAACCAAAGAAAUAGAGGCAGUCGGUUGCAAGACAACAGACAGUUUAGAGGGAGGGACAGCAGACGGGGGUGGCCGAGCGACAAUCGGUCCAAUCAGUGGCAUGGACGAUCCUGGGGUAACAACUACCCACAGCACAGACAAGAACCUUAUUACCCCCACCAGUAUGGACACUAUGGUUACAACCAACGGCCUCCCUAUGGUUACUACUGAGAGGAACGUCAGCAGCUUUUAGUAAAACCAUUUGCUCUGUUAAACAACAAAAGUUUGUGUGUAUCAUACCUGAUUUCAGACUGGAUUAUUAAUUUUUUCGAACUUGAGGUUUUUUUUUUUUAAAUUUUUAGAUCUUAUUAGGGAGAUGUGAUGGUUGCUGGGAAUAAAUAGUCCCCUAAAAGGUAGAUUGUAUUACUUCUACCUCAGAUUCUCCUUCGUUUCAUACUUAAUAGUACUUUGGACUUGGUAUAUCUUAUUAAAAAUAAAAAUCUUAAAAUAAGAAAAUGCUUGCUUUUACUUUGUAAGAUAAGGAAGUGCCCACACACUCGAAUGUGGUUGUUGCUGAAAUUUUAUAAGUGCACUAAUGAAUCACAACAUACGGUACGGGUGAGCAGCAGCUAGAAGGUGAAUCAGCUGUGGCCUGUGUCCUCUGGCUUUUGUCCUUAGUGCCUGGGGACUCUGCAGUUGCGUACUCUAGGUGUGAGCCUGCCCCAGUCCUCUGGGUCUCUCCCUAGGGGGCUGUCAAGGAUAAAGCCACAACUGAGGAGGGAACCGUUUCAGUGUUCUGGGCUAGUACUAGGUGGGUUUGGGCACAGUCAUUUUGUACCAACCCUAAGGCUUUUUGCUUAAACGUCUGAAAUUCACCUAUUAUACAAAAGUUUAACUCUGUAAUGUCCCCUCUUUCAAUCAUACGGAAGUAAUGCUGUGUUUUGACUCUACUUACGUCUGGUAUUUAAUGUGGGGUGACUUAACGUUAUACUCUAAAUGUGGGCCUUUGCUGUUUCUCUUCUGUAGAUACUGAUGCUGUAACUUCUUUUCAGAGUAAUCAUUUUUCAAAUCAUUUUAAUGAUCAUUAUAAUGAUUUUUAUUUAAAUAAAA